GCCGCGGCGCUGGAAGUGUGGGUAUCCGCAGCGUUGGUCUCGGGAUUGAGGAGGGAGGGCGCCAUGGCGCCCGGCUGCAAAACUGAGUUACGCAAUGUGACAAACUGUCAGUCUAACCAAUCAAGUAAUGAAGGUGAUGCCAUCAAAGUUUUUGUGCGAAUUCGUCCACCUACAGAAGGUUCUGGAUCAGCUGAUGGAGAGCAAAACUUAUGUUUAUCUGUGCUCUCCUCUACCACUCUUCGGCUGCACUCCAACCCUGAGCCCAAGACCUUCACAUUUGAUCAUGUUGCUGACAUGCACACCACUCAGGAAUCCGUGUUCUCCACUGUGGCCAAGGGCAUUGUGGAGUCCUGCAUGAGCGGUUACAAUGGUACCAUCUUUGCAUAUGGACAGACUGGCUCAGGGAAAACAUUUACGAUGAUGGGACCAUCUGAAUCUGAUCAUUUUUCUCAUAAUGUGAGAGGAGUAAUCCCACGAAGCUUUGAAUAUUUGUUUUCUUUGAUUGACCGUGAAAAAGAGAAGGCCGGAGCCGGAAAGAGUUUCCUUUGCAAGUGUUCCUUUAUCGAGAUCUACAACGAGCAGAUCUAUGACCUGCUGGACUCUGCGUCAGCCGGGCUGUACUUACGGGAGCACAUCAAGAAGGGAGUCUUCAUUGUUGGUGCGGUGGAGCAGGUGGUGGCCUCGGCCGCUGAAGCCUAUCAGGUGCUGUCUGGAGGAUGGAGAAACAGACGUGUGGCAUCAACAUCCAUGAAUAGAGAAUCUUCUCGGUCUCAUGCAGUGUUUACAAUUACAAUCGAGUCAAUGGAGAAAAGCAAUGAGACUGUGAAUAUACGGACCUCCCUACUCAAUCUGGUGGACUUAGCAGGAUCUGAACGGCAAAAAGAUACCCAUGCAGAAGGGAUGAGAUUGAAGGAGGCAGGUAACAUAAACCGAUCGUUGAGCUGCCUGGGCCAGGUGAUCACUGCGCUUGUCGAUGUGGGUAACGGAAAACAGAGGCAUGUCUGCUACCGAGACUCCAAACUCACCUUCUUACUGCGGGAUUCCCUUGGAGGCAACGCCAAAACCGCCGUAAUUGCAAAUGUUCAUCCUGGAUCCAGGUGUUUUGGGGAAACCCUGUCGACGCUUAAUUUUGCUCAGAGAGCCAAGCUGAUUAAAAAUAAGGCAGUAGUGAAUGAAGACACCCAGGGAAAUGUGAGCCAGCUGCAGGCUGAAGUGAAGAGGCUCAAAGAACAGCUGGCUCAGCUUACAUCCGGGCAGCUGCUUCCUGAGAGCUUUCUGACCAAAGUUACAGGCAAAGAUGAGACUAAUUACAUGAAGUGUUUCCAAGAGGCGAUGUUGUUCUUUAAGAAAUCUGAACAGGAAAAGAAGUCUCUGAUAGAAAAAGUUACCCAAUUAGAAGACCUCACCCUCAAAAAAGAAAAAUUUAUUCAGUCUAAUAAAAUGAUUGUGAAAUUCCGAGAGGAUCAAAUAAUGCGCCUGGAGAAGCUCCACAAGGAAUCCCGGGGAAGCUUUCUGCCUGCAGAGCAGGAUCGCUUGUUGUCGGAGUUAAGGGAUGAGAUCCAAACCCUGCGGGAACAAGUAAGUCAGCCAGGAUUUUCUCCUAAAGCACCAAAGGAGCCAUGUUCAUUAGUGAACACGGAGAAGUUGAAAACACAACUCCUGCAGAUUCAGGCGGAGCUGAAUAAUUCAAAGCAAGAAUAUGAAGAAUUCAAAGAACUAACGAGGAAAAAGCAGCUAGAAUUGGAAUCAGAGCUUCAGUCCUUGCAAAAAGCAAACUUUAAUCUUGAAAACCUUUUGGAAGCAACAAAAGCCUGCAAGCGACAAGAAGUUUCUCAGCUGAAUAAAAUUCAUGCUGAAACGCUUAAGAUCAUAACCACGCCAACCAAGGCUUAUCAACUCUGGUCUCGACCGGUGCCAAAACUCAGCCCGGAAGCAGGGAGCUUUGACCCUGUGCACGCUCAGAAUCCCAGCAAAUUAGAGGAUAAUAUCUUGAAUGAGCCAAUUCCACCUGAGAUGAAUGAACAGGCUUUUGAGGCCAUUUCUGAAGAGCUCAGACUGGUGCAGGAACAAAUGAGUGCCCUUCAAGCCAAGUUGGAUGAGGAAGAGCAUAAAAACCUGAGGCUUCAGCAGCACAUUGACAAACUGGAACAUCAUUCUCUACAAACGCAGGAGCGUUUCUCAUCAGAAAGAACUGAUUGGACCAGACAGCAGCAAGAGCAUCUCGCACAAUUGAAUGACCUUGAAAAGCAGCUUCGGGACACUCAAACUAAGAAUGACUUUUUGAAAAGUGAGGUGCAUGACCUGCGUGUAGUUCUUCAUUCUGCGGACAAGGAGCUGUCUUCGGUGAAACUGGAGUAUAGUUCGUUCAGAGAGAGUCAGGAGAAAGAGCUGAGUAGCCUUUCUGAUCGCCACACGCACACGCAGCUCCAACUGGAUAGCGUCAGAUUAGAGAAGGAAAAACUUCUCGAGAGCAGAGCCUGCCUACAGGAUGCCUACGAGAACUUGCAAGAAGUAAUGAAGUUUGAAAUUGACCAACUUUCAAAAAACCUCCAAAACUGCAAAAACGAAAAUGAAACUCUGAAAUCUGAUCUGAAUAAUUUGGUGGAACUUUUUGAGGCAGAAAAAGAACGCAAUAACAAAUUAUUAUUACAAUUUGAAGAAGAUAAAGAAAACAGUUCUAAAGAGAUCUUAGAAGUUCUUGAGGUUGUGCGUCAGGAGAAACAGAAAGAGAUGGCCAAAUGCGAGCAGCAGAUGGCAAAAGUACAAAAACUGGAAGAGAGUUUAUAUGCGACUGAAAAAGUAAUCCAUUCUCUGGAAAAGUCUAGAGAUGCUGACAAGGAAGUUGUAGCUGACCUCAUGAGCCAGAUCCAGGAGCUGAGAACAUCAGUGUGUGAGAAAACAGAAACUAUAGACACCCUGAAGCAAGAACUGAAGGACAUAAGUUGCAAACACAACUCUGCUUUGGCUGACAAGGAAGAGAGCAAAGUGUUGAUUAAGAAACAGGAAGUGGAGAUUCUGGAUCUGAAAGAAGCCCUUAGACUGAGAAUACUCUCUGAGGACAUAGAGAGGGAUAUGCUCUGCGAGGACCUGGCUCACGCCACUGAGCAGCUGAACAAGCUCACCGAGGCCUCGAAGAAGCACUCGGAGCUGCUGCAGUCUGCCCAGGAGGAGAUGACCAAGAAGGAGGCCCUGAUCCAAGAACUUCAGCGCCAGCUAAACCAGAAGAAAGAGGAAGUAGAACAGAAAAAGAAUGAAUAUAACUUCAAAAUGAGACAGCUCGAACACGUAAUGGAUUCUGCUGCUGAGCAUCCACAGAUUCACAAACAGAAUCAUCCAGGUCAUGAACAGCUGAAGAAUGAACAAGAAGAAAUGAUCAAAGAAAGACUUGCUAAAAAUAAAUUAGUUGAAGAGAUGCUGAAAAUGAAAGCAGACCUUGAAGAAGUCCAGAGCGCUCUUCAGAACAAAGAGAGAGACUGCCUCAGGAUGGCCGACGAAGUUGAACGAACGAGGACUUUGGAAUCUAAAGCAUUCCAAGAAAAGGAACAACUGAGAUCAAAGCUGGAAGAAUUAUAUGAAGAAAAGGAGAAAAUAUUCCAGAAAACCCUAACCCGAGCCCGUCGCCUUCCCGAGUCGUGGAGGCCUCUAGCGCCCUCCGCUGAGGAGUCUUUCCACUAG